UGAGAUUCUAAUUUCCCACGGUAUAGUGGCUGGCUUGGUAUGCUAUGCUAUUUUGUUGCCUCAUGGUGCAGUCUGGCUGAGUCUGGACACAUUGUUUACAUUUUUGCGCAUGGCUGUCAGGCUACUAGGGUUUCCCAAUCGGUAGCCUGCGGACCAAAUUCGUUUUUCUGACCAUAAAAAGUAAUGUAUAGCCUACUAAAUAUAUAUAUUAAACAAUUAUUCCCACACAUUAAUAGAUAGGCAUAUGUGAUCGUAUCCCAAUGUAAAUCAAAGUUAGAAAGUGUUCUGUUUUUGUCAAAUACUAUAGGCUAUCUAUUUGGGAUUCUUGCAGUCUAUUUGCGGUGUAGCCUACAAAUUAUAACGAUGUUCCGGCCCCCGAACAUCCGCUCAAGGAAAAAUCGUCCCACGGCUGAAUGUAAUUGGGGACCCCUGGUAAAGUUUAUUCAGUUGCCAUACCCCUGUUAGAGUACAACGGGAUUACGAUAGGUCUAUGUUCUGUCAAUAUAUUGCCCAUUGCAUGGGUGGUAGCAGGGUAUAUGACAGAAGCAAAUCUGGUUCCCUUGGAAACUGAAUAACGAGAUCAGCAACCACCAUUUUCGAGACGUGAGGCCCCAGUUGAUGGAUUCUGACAUGGACUAUGAGAGGCCAAACGUUGAGACUAUCAAGUGUGUGGUGGUAGGGGACAACGCUGUUGGGAAGACCCGCCUUAUCUGUGCCCGGGCCUGUAAUGCAACACUGACUCAGUACCAAUUGCUUGCUACGCAUGUACCCACUGUCUGGGCCAUAGACCAGUACAGAGUUUGCCAGGAAGUUCUGGAGCGAUCUAGGGAUGUGGUGGAUGAGGUCAGCGUGUCGUUGCGACUCUGGGACACGUUCGGGGACCAUCACAAGGACCGACGCUUUGCAUAUGGAAGGUCGGAUGUGGUGGUCCUGUGUUUCUCCAUCGCCAACCCCAACUCCCUGUACCAUGUGAAGACCAUGUGGUACCCUGAGAUCAAGCACUUCUGCCCCCGGGCUCCAGUCAUCUUGGUGGGCUGCCAGCUGGACCUGCGCUAUGCUGACCUGGAGGCAGUCAACAGGGCACGACGGCCACUAGCAAGACCGAUUAAAUCCAAUGAGAUUUUGCCUCCAGAGAAGGGCCAUGAGGUGGCCAAAGAGCUGGGAGUGCCAUACUACGAGACCAGUGUUGUGGCUCAGUUUGGAGUAAAGGACGUAUUUGAUAACGCCAUCCGAGCCGCUCUAAUCUCACGGCGCCACCUGCAGUUCUGGAAGUCUCACCUGCGCAAUGUGCAGCGGCCCCUCCUCCAGGCCCCUUUCCUGCCUCCCAAACCCCCCCCUCCCAUCAUCACUGUACCACCUCCCCCCACCACCACUGAGGAGCAUCCUGGCCGUCUUCUAGAGGACCCCCUGUGUUCCGAUGUCAUCCUGGUCCUACAGGAGAAGCAGAGAAUCUUCGCUCACAAGAUCUACUUGGCCACGUCCUCCUCCAAGUUCUAUGACCUCUUCAUCCUGGACGCCCGACCUGAGGAGUCUGAGCGGCCCACGCGCGCCACCGCUCUGUCUGGCCGCGAGAUGCUGAUGCGUGCUGCAAGCUUCGAUGUGUGUGAGAGCACUGACGAGGGCGACAGGGCCAACCUGCGGGCCUGCACCAGUGAUGGAACCCUGAGAGACUCUGAGGGAGGCCGGAGGGGCAAACUGCUGUCUACCUUGAGCAGAGCUUUUGUCAGCAUCCAGGAGGAGCUGGUGGAUGACCCAGUGACCUACAACCCCAGGCCUAUGACUGUGGUGUACAUGGACCAGUCCAUGCAGCUGGGGCCCUUCCGCGCUGUGCUGCGAUACCUGUACACAGGCCAGCUGGAUGAGCACGAGAAGGAGCUGAUGCACAUUGCACACAUUGCUGAGCUGCUGGAGGUCUUUGACCUGCGCAUGAUGGUGGCCAAUAUUCUUAACAACGAGGCCUUCAUGAACCAGGAAAUCACCAAAGCCUUCCAUGUACGACGAACCAACAGAAUCAAAGACUGCCUGGCCAAAGGCACCUUCUCUGAUGUAGCGUUCAAGCUGGAUGAUGGAACGAUCAUGGCCCAUAAGCCCCUGCUCAUCUCCAGCUGUGACUGGAUGGCAGCUAUGUUUGGGGGGCCCUUUGUGGAGAGCUGCACCAAAGAGGUGCUGUUUCCCAACACAACUCGCAGCUGUAUGAGGGCUGUGCUGGAGUACCUCUACACUGGGCGCUUCUGUUCCCGCACUGACCUGGAUGCCAUGGAGCUCAUUGUUCUCGCCAACCGUCUUUGCCUCCCACACCUGGUUGCACUUACAGAACUCUACACAGUGACAGUAUUGAUGGAGGCUGCUAUGAUGGGGGCUGAUAUUGAUGGAGAUGUGCUGGUGUACCUGGAGAUGGCUCAGUUCCACUGUGCCCAACAGCUAAGUGGCUGGUGCCUUCACCACAUCUGCACCAACUAUAAUAGUGUGUGUCGCAAGUUUCCUCGAGACAUGAAGGCCAAAUCUACAAACAACCAGGACUACUUUGAGAAGCACCGCUGGCCACCAGUGUGGUUCCUGAAGGAGGACGACCACUAUCAAAGAGCACGGAAGGAGCGGGACAAGGAGGACUUCCUGUACCAGAGGAGGCAGUGUAAACGCAAGUGGCUCUUCUGGAACCUUCCCUCUUCUCCCUCUGCCAACUCUUCCUCUUCUGGUUCCAAUGCUGUCAUCUGAUUGGCUCUCAGGGUACAGGCAAGGCCCACUGUGGGGAUGAUUUGGGAAAGUGGAGCAUCAGCACUGUUGGCCAGACACUAGGCCCCCUCAUUAAGGCCCUCCCGCCCUCCUUCAUUUCUCUUUUUGCAUCUGCAGCCAAGCUAUACUCUCCCGGGUUUGCAGGGUCAGCGAAAUCAAAUAAUGAACGAAAUGAGCCUCUUUUGCUUUUUGUGUUAGCAUAUCCUGUCACAUUGCAGUGCAGAGACCAUGAAGCUAAAACCUUAAAGCUCAGUGACUUCAACCUUAUGAACAAUGCAAGGUAAAUGCAGGUGCAGGUGACUGCUCAAUAUGGUGUUGAUAUUCCUGCAUACACCACCAGGAGGAGAACUGAGGAAGUUAUGAGAGGGAUUUGCAUCAGGUUACAGAACUGUGAUCCUAAGCUCAUGAUAACCAUUGACUGACUUGAAUUGACAACCAAGUGCUUAUCAGCUGCAACAGACAAAUAGCAAAGACCAAUGACCAGCAAACCAACACAGAAAUCAAGUCUCAGUGAUACAACACUUUGCCCUUAAGUGUUUGUACAAUCUACCAAACCAGGAUGUGUACAGUACAAUUAUAACCACUCCUAAACCAGAAAUAUCAACAAAAUGCAUUACGUCUACAUUACGAUUAAUCUAUUAAUGUCAUGUAGGACAUCGUCUUAGACCAUCUUCCUAUUGGAAACCACUUUCUGUACAGAAUUAUGUUUUAAAUAGCGGAGGUUUGACUCCUUUACAGUUAUUGCAUAUUUGAAGGUUUGUAUACAACUUGCACAGCUGACGUUGAUAUGAGUGUAUACACGACCAGUGUUCUUGUGAUGCAGGGGUUAAAGUGCUCUGUCACUACGACGGGUUUCCGUCAUAUGGAUGACACAUGAGGUUUGAUAAAUGUAUAGUACAAGUCAAAAGUUUGGACACCUACUCAUUCCUGGGUUUUUCUUUAUUUUUACUAUUUUCUGCAUUGUAGA